UUUUCCUGUAACUCUCAUUUUUCUGAUCUUCUUUGUCUGCUUGCUACUAUCUUCUCUCUACAUUCUCUGUUAAUGUUAUGAACACCCGUCGAAUCAGAAUCUGUCUCUCUCUGUACAUACAACAUUGGCUGAUUUGAUGGUCCGGUGGGAAUUUGAAAGUUGUUUAUCCAAUUCAAUGCCGCGUUUAACUACUUGAGACCGCAAUUCACUUUGCUUUUUCAUCGAUCCAGUAUGAUUUAUAUACAAUAUAUACAUAUAUAGCAAAAACAUAGCUAGCUAGAUUGAAUAAGUUUGAAAUCUGAGAUGGAUUCGACUCCUCCGAAGUUAGUAGUGGUAGACGGCGGCGGUUACUGCGGUGAUGCUGCUGCUGCUGAAGAUGAUGAUGAUUGUUCCGUCAAUCGCCGGAUUUCUUCUCCGCAAACUCAAAGAGUUGAAGUUAUAAGUGAAAUAAUGGAAGUAUCAAAUAAGAAUCAAAACCUAUUACUUGAGAUUCCUUCAACAGAUUAUGUGAGACUAAACAUGCCAUCAACCCCAAACAGAACUCCAAAAAGAGUAAAUUUUUCGCCAGCACCUAGUCCUCCUCCUCUUUACACACCAAAAUUCACUUCACCAAGCCCUUCACCACCAUCUAAAACUACUAGAUCCAUGAAGAGUUUGCUACCAAAGUUAAGUUUUAAGUUUCGGAACAAUUCAUCCGAUAUUGAAAAGGCUUCUCUCAAUACUUGGGGCGAAUCGCCUGUAAGAAGAUGGGAUAAACCUUCAAUUUCCAGGACUUUGUCCCUCACAAAGCUAUUCACACCCAAAAUGAACAGGACUUCUUCCUUACCGGUGACUCCAAUUGCUCAUUCAAAUCCAGAGUCAAUGCAUGGAGGAGCAUAUAGAACUAAUGACGAUUCCAGUAGAGGGAAUCUCAAUACACAUCCUAUACAUCGUUCACGAUCUGUCCCUGUUCUGUAUAAAGAUGGAAUCAUAAGACAGGUGGAUCCUCUCGGUGGUAUAAUUCGAGUUAUUCCAACUACUCCUCGAGUUGUUUUUGAUAGAAUAGAUCAUGCAAGUCCUAUCAUGUCUCCUCCAAUAAACAACACAGAUGGAGAAAACGGAGAUGCUAGUGAAGAUAUUCGACAGGAAGAAGCUGUGUGUAGAAUCUGUUGGGUUGAACUUGGAGAAGGGGCUUCUACUUUCAAAAUGGAAUGCAGCUGCAAAGGGGAGCUUGCAUUGGCACACCAAGAAUGUGUGAUAAAAUGGUUUAGUAUAAAAGGCAAUAAGAUUUGCGAAGUUUGCAAGCAGGAGGUUAAGAACCUGCCAGUCACACUCUUACGAAUUCAAAAUCCGCGUACAUAUCCAUCGGCUGGGACUCAUCAAGCUGAAGUUACACCACUCAGGGUUUGGCAGGAUGUACCGGUUCUGGUCAUUGUCAGCAUGCUUGCCUAUUUUUGUUUUCUAGAGCAGCUUCUGGUUAGAAAAAUGGGAUCGGGUGCAAUUGCCAUAUCCUUGCCUUUUUCCUGCAUUCUUGGUCUUUUAGCAUCUAUGACCUCAACAACAAUGGUGAGGAGAAAAUAUGCUUGGUUGUAUGCAACUAUCCAGUUUCUGAUGGUGGUUCUCUUUGCUAAUCUCUUUUACUCGCUCCUUCGAGUUCAGGCAGUUCUUUCGGUUCUGUUAGCAACAUUAGCCGGUUUUGGAGGAGCAAUGAGUGGAGCUUCGCUUCUUCUAGAGUUUCUCAAUUGGAGGGUAAGGAGGUUAAACGAGAGUAGGCCUCCUCCUAUGGAUGAGAGACCGCCGGAGACACAACAACAACAACCACCUGAUCAGUUACGUGAAACUGCAGAUGUGGUGUUGUCCCCCCAAACUGAGCCGCCUACUCGUCAAGAGAAUGCAGCAAGAAACAUUGAUACAUAAAACAUGAAUUGAUUGAUGAAUUGUAAAGAUGAGUGCCAAAAAAUGACUUGUAUAGUGUCGUUUUGUGUAAAGAAAUGUGAAAAAGAAGGGUGUGUCUGCCCCCAAAACAUUGUGAAAACACAUUGUGAAAACAUUGUGAAGUUAUGUUUUGAAAUAUCAUUAAUCUC